CACAGAUUAUAGUAGCAGUAAACCCCAAAUUGACCUGUUUCUUUGCAAAUUUCCGAAAUGUCUUUUACCGUCGAGUUGGCUAACAAGGAGAGCGAGCUCGCGCAUGUGGAAGAAGCGAUUGCUGACUUGGUAAGUGGAAUAUGUGUGCUGGACUUGGCCAACGAUCCAGCCUUGGUACUUCCUGAUGCCAAGACACCUUCAAAAAACGAAAAAGAUAUGCAUCCUUCAACCAUUUACGAUUUGAAUGCAAAACUCAAGGACAUUGAGCUAGCCAGUGGUCAGCUCAACGAAUUAUGGGUUGUCAAGAACUUAUUAAGGGAGAUCGAAGUGGCCCUAGAUUCUGUUUCCGGCGACGACACCUCUUGCGAUCGAGAAGAUCUCCUCAGCAUCAUUGCAAAUUUGGAAAAACUCCAUGGAAAGGUGUCGAAAUUGUCGCAAUCGAAUUUGACCAUCGCUGCCUCAAUGAAGGUAGAAUACGAGAGAUAUUUACAUGAUUUUAGCGCAACCUUGGUUCAUAUCUUUCACAGGUUCAUACCCGAAAGCCCAGGUCCCAUUUUUACUGUGCAUCGCAAAAUAGGCGACUCAAAUACAUCUUUGGGAUUCGAGGAAUUUGUCGAUGCAGCCAGUAAGUUUGACACCUUGAAUCCUCCCGGAGAGGUACCGGAGAUAUUGAACUCGCUCAAAUCAGAUUGGGCCAGACUCAUUUUGGAGCCAUUGAUUUCAGAACAUUGCACUCUUCAACUUUCGCAUUCGGAAAGCGAAACGCAGACUUUGGAAAUGUCCUUGAUUGAUUCCUUAUCUCAGUUUUCCAUGGACUCGUUUCUUCAUUCUCUCCAGUGCUUUGUCCGUUUCAUCAACACGACCAACCUCCAGUCGUUCAAGAACUCUUUUUCCACAAAGAUAUCCAACAGCUUGGCAGACGUUAUCUCAAGAAACAUCCGCUCCUUCACCGAACAUGGUGAAAGACUCACACCGGAACUCAUGCUGACACUCGAGCUCUUAUCAACCUCUGGAUGGAAUGUUCCUCUCAGAAACAUAUUCAUGGCUCAUAGUGACAUUCAUGAGACAUUAAAAGAUCUCCACCUCAACUGGAUUACUGACAAAUACAUUGACGAAUUGAGAUCCGUCUUCACGGACCUGCACUUUGACGAAGACUUACAAAAUCAGAGAAUCGUCACACAACAGAUUGAGAUCCAGACCCCAAUAUCAGUCCCACAUGAACCAAUUCCACGAAAAAACUCUGAACCUUUGAAUGCUUUGUCUACGGACAACGUAUCCGAGGAAUUAGAGUGGGAUGACAAUUGGGGCUCAGACGACGAGGAAGAGCUUGAGAAGGCGACGGGUGCCUCGGUGAAAAGUGAUGCGUGGGAUGAAAACUGGGAUGACGGCUGGAGCGAUGAUGGUGCCGAACAAUCUGAGACAGCUUCAAGCUUGCCUCAAUCAGCCCCUGAACCUAGAACACAGCCAAAGACUUCUUCACAAGAGACAAAUAUUACACCGAAUCCCCAGAGUCACAUUGAAACGCACACGUUUGUUGUGAGUGCUAUACCCGAGAAGCUCUCCCGAUUGCUUGCGAGCUUUGAAGAGGAAACCGGAGGUGCUGACCCAAGAAUUCUUGCUGACACAAUUAUUUCUCUAGCCCUCAUCUCGUAUCCUCCUGUAUCACAACUGUUCUUGGUGUUGAAUGAUUUGAGAAGCGUAGAAGGCCAAACGCUGUAUUUAAGAGAAUGCAUUGAGACGGAGUGGCGCCUUUUUCGCCAGAGCUUCUCAAACGAUGUCUCUAAGGUUUUGAUGAAGCCAGGCCUGAUGGACUGUGAACGUGAGGAUGACAAUUUGGGAAGCGAAAGCAGUUUUGAUAGCAUUUCUCAACUUGGAACUAUGCUUGAGGGAUUGACUAAUAGCCAGUUGCAGUACACCAACUCCCACGAGCUCAAACUGUUCGUCUUGCAAGUGCUCAACCUCGUCAACAACAUUGUAUUGCAGAAGAUUUUGCGAUGUGAUGAAAUCACUGAAUACCGGUCUGAAGAGUUUACCCGGUAUUUGGAGAACCUACAGCUAAUGGAGGCCGGCGUGUUAGCCAAGUUCGGCGAGGACAUUGCCGUGCUUGCAACUACAAACAAGAUCAUGCAAACAAAGUUUCUCAUCAACAAUCACUUGAAAAGCAUCAUGGAGUAUUUCUACCAGGGCGAGUUGUACGAUUUUUCCACCGAGGAAUUAGUGGGCGUGAUCAAAAGCGUGUUUAUUCCAAGCGACUUGCGGCAGAACUGUCUCGACGAAAUCAUUGACGUGAGGAACAGCUGAGGGAGUCUAUGAGCACAAGAUCUAACUAAUGGUUUUGCCGCCGUUGACUUUCUUGCCGGUUUUGGAGAUGGCCCCCAAAACGGUCUCGUAGUCGAGCGAAUCUUCGGUGGUCACAUCCACGG